GCUGGUGCGUGGAGGCGGGUUUGAACGGUGGCGGGUACCGGAGCCUCUCUGUGCUGCGCCGCGCCACGCCGCUAAUGGAGCCUAUCCUGAAAGGUAUUUCUGCAUUUGUAGAAGUUUGGUCAUCUAACAGAACAGAAAAUUAUUCAAACACAUUUGAACAGCAACUUCUUGAUAUGGGAGCAAAAGUUUCAAAAACUUUGAACAAGCAUGUGACCCAUGUAGUCUUCAAAGAUGGACAUCUGGCCACAUGGAGAAAAGCACAGAAGAUGGGUGUAAAAACAGUUUCUGUACUCUGGGUGGAGAAGUGUCAAGAAGCUGGAGUACGUGUUGAUGAAUCCUUAUUCCCUGCAGUAGAUGCUGAUGAAGCAUUACCACUACUGAUCAAAAAACACAAAUGUAUGCAGCCAAAAGGCUUUGUUGAAAAAAGUCCAGAAAAUGAUAGAAAGCUGCAGAGAAGACUGGACCAGAUGGCUAAAGAAUUAGAUUUACAAAAGAUAGCUGUUAAUGCUGAAACUGAUGUGCCAGUUUUACUAUUUGAAGACAAUGGCUCGCUUGUAUACAGCUCUCUUAAGAUAAAAGAUCAAUAUAGUGCAAUGGAAAGAAGAAUAAAGAAGGAAAACGGAGAAAAUGUUUCUCCUACGGCUUCACAAGCAUCUCAAAUACCUCCAAGCAGUUCACCAGGAGACUGCCCGCUGUCUACUUGUGUGUUAACUAAUUCAGAAGAUAUAUCAUUACCAGGAGAGCAAAUGGAAGACUGCUUGAACACAAGUUAUGAUUUUCUUCGGGUAACUGAUAAAUUAGAGAGACUGCAAGCAGAAGUAGUAAAACACGCCUGUGAUACGUGGACUAAUAUUCAUGUAUCCAUGAGUACAUCAGUAAAUUCUCCCUCAUGUAGCUAUGAGCAGAAGAGCUUAACACCAAAAAUACGUAGCAGAAGAUGCUUAAGAAAGAAAGAGAUGUUGCAGCACACUUUGAUUGAUAAAUUGUCUUUAGAAAAGAAAGAUCUACAAAACUUUCCAAAGAAAAAUCAGAAGGAUGAAAAUAGCAUGACUACUUCAGUUGCAAAUGGAAGUUCUCUUCUCCAAAUCAAAGGCUUGGGUCAUGUUACUUCUUCCAAAAAAAAAGUCAAGUUAAAUACUCUUCCUGCUUUGAUUGAUGAUCUCUCUAAUUCAUCUAUGAAUAGUGAAGACUUAAAUACAUGUUCAUUGGAUAGAAGCUUCCCUGUUCACAGAAAUGAUUGUAUUCUUAAAAACAGGAGGAGGAAGAAACUACAAGCACUACCUAGUCUGAAACUGGCUACCUCAGAACUGUGUUCAUCAGGGUCUAAAGAGUUCUUGCAAGCAGUUACUACAUAUAGCAAGUCUUAUUUCACUGAAGAGGCUUCUUACGAAGACUUCUUUUCAUCAAAUUACUUGAAUGAAAAUAAAGUACAGGUACGAGUACCAAAGGAAUCACAGAAUUCUCCUGAGUUUUGUUGCAAAGACUCUCUUACAUGCAUGGACUCACUUUAUUUGAAUUUCUGUAUGCCACAUGCUACUUCCAAAAAAAGGAGGAAAAAGUCUAUUUCAGCAAGUGAUGUUUCAGUAAAGAAAAACUUCACACCAGCUGAACAUCCUGGAAGUGUACCAUUAAAUUAUGUGUCAGAUGGUGAACAUGCUGACACUGCAGAAGCUCUAGAUUCUGAUGAUGUAAAUAAGCUGCCUCAGCAUGCUCAUGGAAAACCUACAGAAAAAAUGGUGAAUUAUUGUACUCAUACUACCGGUGAUGAAGUUUCAGAGUGUCAUGUUACUGAUGUCUCUUGCAAAGUUUUUAAUGAACAAAAGAAUAAGCACAAUGGGGGGUUAAGAAAAACUAGAAGACUCCAAAAGCCCACAAGGACACUAGUUAUGACGAGCAUGUCUUCUGGGGAGCAAAAUACGGUAAUUCAGGUGGUGAAUAAACUUGGAAACUUUUUAUUCUCAGAUGACGUAUGUGAAACAACAAGUCAAGUAGUUACAGGGAGUCCUCGUCGUACCUUGAAUGUUAUGCUGGGAAUUGCUUGUGGGUGUUGGAUUGUUUCUUAUGAAUGGGUUCUGUCGUCUUUGGAAUUGGGCCAUUGGAUCUCAGAGGAACCGUAUGAGCUUUCAUCCAGCUUCCCUGCAGCUCCUAUCUGCAGACUUCAGCGUCACUUAUCAAGAGGAAAAUACCAACAGAAUGUCUUUUCCAAUCAGCCUGUCAUGUUUGUGUCUCCUACCAGUCAGCCACCCUGCAAAAAGCUAAUUGAACUUAUACAGCUGUCAGGAGGGAAAACAUGCAAAGCCUUACAUCAGGCAAAAAUCUGUAUAGGACAAAAUACAGGAAAGAAGUACCGGGAAAUAAAAUGUUUAUCAGAAAAAUGGGUAUUAGGUAAGACACUGAAUUUCAAGUCAUAUAAAAUAUUGUGUAAUAUGUAUUAAAAAUUGACUGUAAAUAGUUCACUAAACUGAGGUUAUGGAGAGAAGAAAAUGGAACAGACUGCUACGGUUAGGUUUUCAGGAAGGUUAUCUCCAUGGUGAAGGCUUUCUCUUACAACUGAGAGUGCUUCAUGGUGGUCCUGGUACUCACCAUUGUAAUUUUACCAAGGACAAAUUUCAUGCAAAGAUUUUCAAAUUUAUCUUUUUUAUGAUUGUUUCAUUUAAGAGCAAACUAAAUUGUGGGGAAAUCCCCAUAGAAUAAUUUCUUUUCUAAAUAGCGUUUCAAUUUUAGAUGUAGUGAGGAAGAUUUUUAACUGGUAUAAACUGGCACACCAGUACUGAAAUAUGGUACUUGGCGCCCUCUGAUAAUCUGUCCUGAAUUAUAUUAUUUAUCUUAUGUCUGAAAGUCAGUUUUCUGCAGUCACUAUUUCACUUGUGAAAAGUUUCUUUUUAAAAUCUGCUGUUAAUUUUCUAAGGGUUGUUAGUCCAUUGCCUUUCCAUUAUGGACACCACCGUGCUAACAGUUACCUGUCUGCAGGGAAUCAGACGUAAAACUGCAAUGUCCACACCCUCAGAGAAAAGCUUUUGAUAAUCCAUGUAGGAUUCACAGCUUCCAGGCUGACACUCAGUCUCUCUUUCAGACAAGAUAAGGAUGUUUUUCAAAAAGGGACCUUUUACAUGCUGGAAGUAGAAAGAUUACAUUUUCAGCACACGCUAUGUCAAACUCCUCUCGAUAGUGUCUCACCCAAACUCCAGCAAUAAAUGUACUACAUGAAUUGAUAUUACAUGGGACUAGCCAAGCAAGUCCUAAUCUCUUGACCAUUAAUGCUAUCAGAUCAUAACAACUUAAAACCUGAAAGAAAAUACUACUAAAGAAAGGAAAAGUGAGCCAUAAAGGAGAAAUACUCAUCUAAAUGCAACGGCUGUUUGAUACUUUCUUAAAGUAUAAGAUAAAAUGUGAGGAUUUGAGAGAGGGGCGUAAGAAGGCAGCACUGUUAUUGUGCCUUUCUGUGGCUUCAAAGAAGACUGAAAGAGCAAGUGUGGCCCAAAAAAUGUAACCAGAUGAGGAAAAGAGAGGUUUGUGCAAGACGUAAAAUAUGAGGUAGUAAAUGAAACACAAAAGGCUCACAUAGUAGUACUCCAGUCAUAAAUUCCAGAUGGACAAAGGUAAUGAUCUAAAGUGGUAUGCAACUUAUGUGGCACGUCCCACUCUUUUACUGGUCUCACCGAGUUCUGCCUCAACCCAGCUCCAGCAUCUCAUGAGGUACCUGCAGCUGGACAGGCCACGCACAGCCUGUAUCUUGUGUAUCUGGCUGCUAAUGAAAAAGGACUUUGAAUUCUUGGUGCCCUUUACAAAUUUCUCAGUUCUCUUUUGCAGUCUGAUGGUGCCUUUUCUGAUUGUUAUGUCCUGCUCAUGAGGCACAGUUAAGCAAGCUCCAGGUAAUUUUACUGAUUAAUAUUAAAAUGAAGGAUUUUAUCAUCAAAACUCAGAGAAAAAGAAGUAUUUCUAUAUGGUACUUUAAAGGAAGGAUACAGGCCUUUGAAGCUCAGCCCCUUUCUCAGCAACUCUUUAUGUAACAGUAUGAACAGUGUCACCUAUAAAUUGCCAUCAUAAUCAAAUAAAUCAAACCAGAUCUGAAAUUUUGUCUGUUCUUUGACAAUUCACUGUUGCAACCCAGUUGGUUUGUGGCUGCUUUCUGCUGCUAAUACCAGCUGCCAAUUAAUUUUCUCAAAGCUGACCACAAUAAAAAGCAUAUAGGCAGACACUACAGCACCUUUGUUAAACCUAUGUAAACGGUAAGUGCUUGCGGUAAUAUCAUUUGACUGCAUGUAUUGUCUCUUUCUCUGGGUUCUCAGCUUCACCAAUUCUGUUUUAUACCAGAAAAUGCUCUGAAGUAUAUUGUUGCUUUAUAAUCUGUUUCUUUUACAUUUUAUCUUAAAUAAUCCUGGUUUUCUAUUUCUUGUAGAUUCAAUCACUCAGCAUACAAUAUGUCCCACAGAAAACUACAUUUUUCAGCUGUGAGAUAACUCAGGAGCUUCCAUAUGGUUGUAAGGCAACAAGCCUAGUUUGGAGUCAACAAAAAAAAAUAAGCUGCGAACAAAAUUUUGAAGAAAAUGCAAGUUAGAUAUUUAUAAAUACAGGGAAAUGUUUUCUACAUUUUUAUUAUUUGUACAAGUGUUCACCUUGUGAAAUCUUAAAGCUUUUUUAAUAAUGCAUUUCCCUAAUAAAAGUCAUCUUGGUUUUAUUUAUUUGGUGAAGACCUUUGGACCUAAAAGUUGAUUGAAUUAUUCACUGGGAAGAGAUGGAAAAAUAUUUUCUAGUCUCUAAGCAAAGUUGAUUGUGUUGCAGUGCAAUUAAAAGAUGUGGAUUCAGUGUGGCUGAGGGUGCCUGAGCUAGAUCUGGUGUAGCCAGCAGGAGCUGUGAUACCAGUGCAGAUGCAGGGAUCCUGUCUUGGAGGGCAGCUGAAGGCCCAUGUUGCCACAUCUUCAUGACCAUUGCUAAUUACGUUUCUUUGGUAAAAGGAUAAGGUUGUCCAUCAUGCUCAACUCAUCUCCUGGUGUAAACUUGCACUUCUAAAUUGGGUUUUCAAAGGUAAUUGAAGCUCAGUAAUUAUGCUCAGAUGCAUAGUUAAGGUAUUUAUUUCAAUGCCUUUAAUUGAAUUUCAGUCCGUGUCUACCUUACAUCUAGGCUGAUACCAUAAACAGUUACUGAUUCUGACUCAAAUGAAUUAAGACAGCACAUCACUUAAGUGGUAAAAUCUGUUGAAAAUGAAACAUCUAAUUAAAUCCUUUAGGUAUGCUUGAAAAAUGUAUGCAAAUGUCUUCAAUGUUAAAUUCCUCUUCAACCUCUGGUUUUGUUUUUAGCAGGUACCAAGUAAGAUUUGUAUGUAAAGUAUGUUGUGUAACACUUGUUCAUCUAUAAAUGUACAACCUACUUUAAAUAUCUGCAAGGUCCAUCAAAAUGAUGUGUCAUCCUCAUAGAGAUUAACAUAUUAUCAUGUAACUUAGUGGCAGCACGUAACUCACACCUUUCAAACUCAGUGCUCCCCUCAGAGUAGUGUCAGUGUAAGGCAAUGGAAACUCUACUAAAAAUAAUGACUUCAAGUUAAUAUUAUGGCACAAUCAAGGUACAAUGGUUUAUAAAUAUUGCCGUUCUGUUGCAUUGUUCUAACUCUUGGGCUUUUAGGGAUUUGGAUGUACUAUUUCUGUAAACUUGAGGUUUAUACAAAUCUUUUCCUCAAAACAAGUUCAGCAAUAUCUGGGUGGCAGGCUUGUUUCAGGCAUGCAUUGCAUUUGUAUAGUUGCUCUGUAAAAUGUUAAACGUACUUAAUGGAAAAGCUCCAAGUUAUGGUUAUUUUAUGGAAAAUUAACUGAGCUUAUUUUCAGAAAUAUGAGCACCUGUGACUCAAAAGCUUAAGAUCUCAUUCUCAAUAUCUAAGUGCUAUAUACCUGGUUUUAGUAUAUUAAUUAGAAAAUAUAAUUUACUGAGGUCUUUUCCUUGCUUAGUUUUCUGACAUGCACAUUUUUAACAGCUUCUUGGCUAGAAAAAGUAUGUUUGAUACAAAAAUUUUUAUGUUUGUAGAAAAGUUGGUAAUCAGGUCUAUCUACAAAUUGUACAGUUUAUAAUUGAAAUUAUUUACCUAUUUACUGCAGAGCACUGGUAACAUGGUAUCACUCUUCAUCCUUAACCUCAUGAGCCCUUUUAUUAAGAAACUGGUUUCCAAGUAGUAUGGACUAAAAUAUAAAUACUUAAAUAGGUUGUGACAUGUGAACAUAUGCUUCUCAGUAGAUAACAGAGUAAUUUAUUUGCCUUAUAUUUCUUAACUUUGAAUAUUACAGCCUCCUAGUUUCUUUUGUAGUCAUUUCCUAAGCGUACUACCCAUAAAAAUCUGUCAUUAUUGAUUUAUAUAAUAUAAGACUCCAAAUCAGCUUUCUCAUAAAGCUUCUUAAAAUUAAUCUCAGCUAUUAAAAUUGCAAAAUCUUGGAUCAACUUGUUGGUCUUUAUUAGUCACACGUGUAACAGACUUGAAAAUGAAAAGUCUAAUAUACGUUUUUCUAAAUUAAAAUGUUUCAGACAAAAGAAUCUGUCAGUUUAGGUAAUUUCAUCUGAAAUUAUAUGGUUUGAUAGAAAUCCCUGUCUAUCGGCUGUUCUUGCAAAAUUUAUAAUACACAGGUAGAUACAGCCAGCAGGAAAUUAAAUGCCUAAUUUUGGUCUGAGAUUAAGGGCAAUAGGAGCGCUGUCCAUCCGUACUGCCUGUUGCUUUGUAAUAGUACAUAGUGAAUACAGGAGAGGUUAAAACGAAAUCCAAAGCCUAGCAUGUUAUACAGGCAGCAAAAAAGAAAUACUAUUUCAGGUUUAUAGCCUGGAGUCUUUCACAUGAACAGCUUCUGACCUACGUACCCUAGUGCAGGUUCUCAGCCCCCUCGGCUCGGAAGUUGGAAGGCACCUUUCUACCCAAGACCUCAACAGGAAAAGGCGCCAGCUCUGGUCAUCCCCUCAGUAAACCAGCACCAGGGGGAGAAGGAUGAAAAGUCAUCAAAUGAUUCAUUUGUCGGAAGAAAUGUGCCAACCAAAAAAACACUUGUACUUGAUACGAAGGUCCUAAGGACAGGAACACUCAGAAGAAAAUGCAGAACACUCAGCAACAUGAAGCAUCAGUGAUUCGUGGGUAGUUUCAAGUCAAUCAGCGCUAAGAUCUUUGCAACAUACAGCGCUUCACAGGUGUUCUGCCACAGAACAGCAGAGCCGCGUGCUCUCUCCUCUGCAAAACAGUACUUUGCUCACCUUAUCAGGAAUCUACGUUUUUUAUUAAUUCCUUUUUUUCUCUUAAUCUUUUUUUUGUGGAGGAGAGAUUGUCUUAACCUUACCUUUUUUAUCCUGCGUAAAUAUUUUUGCCACUCAUUUGUAAAAAUUACUUACCUUAGCUGCUGUCUCUCCUUUUCAGACUGCUCCUGCACCCCUGCUAAAGGCUACCUCUAACAAAAUCACAUUAGCAUGAUCUUUCUAAAUUAGCUUCAUUUGAUUAGGGAUCUGUUUAAACCAAAAUAAAUUGAGAUCCCCAAAUAAGUAUCAUUCCUUCCUUAGAUUCACAUUAGCUGAGUUACUUUUCAAAAGCCAUUUAACUCCCAGUGCACAUCCUAUUUUAACUCAUUUUACUUGCAUCAGCAGUAUAGGUGAUAUCGCUCGGAUGCCCAGACCACCAAUAUCCUUCCCCUCUUUCCUCUCCCAGAGAUAAGAAGAGGUUUUACCACCCUCUGCAUAAUUUACUGGGGAUUCACAUUAGCAAAUGCAGAAAUACUGAGGACAAAUGCAAGCAUGACCUUGGAGAAUAUGUUGCUUAAGCUGUGUCAGAAUGGUGGCAGAAUUGGUGUCCUCUUCAAGGGGUAUAUCCUUAAAAAUAAAAUGGGAUCCCAAAUAAUUUCUGUAUAGUGACUAAUAAUGUGAGAUUGGCUAAGGAUGUGUUGGAAAGCAAGACUGCCAGAAACUUGUAAGUGCGUGAAUCUCUUUUUUUGCCCUUUCUCUGCUUUUGUAAUCACUUUUGGAUUGCAGCUGCAUUUGGGGUGUGUACACCUAGUGAGUAAAAAGCCUCUAAAACUUUACAGUGAUUCUAGUAUAUCAGCCACCUGGUAUUGAAUUUUUAAACUAUAGAUUUCUUGAGCUGGUUUUAUAUUUCUGGAUAUUCUCCUGACUCAACUAUAGGCAACUUUUUGGAGAUUGUUACUUUUUAAAUAAAAA